UUUAACCCUUUCCCCCCUCCCUUUUUUUAACAGUUUUCUCGUCGAAAUGACUCAAGAGGCUCGCGUUAGCACUGUUGUCGAGAGUCUUACCAAGGCUCCUCGUAACAUUGCCUUCCCCCAGAAGGAUGGAAGACCUCAGUUGAUAUCUGAAAUCUUUGGACAGAACGUUUUCUCGUUCAAGCAGAUGGCAUCUCGUCUCCCCAAGCCUGUGUACAGCACCUUCUUGAAGCAGCUUCGAGGAAACGAAACCAUUGACAAAACCACGGCUGAUGCUAUUGCUCAUGCUGUUAAGGUUUGGGCUAUGGAGCGUGGAGCUACUCAUUUCACUCACUGGUUCCAACCUCAGACCGACUCCACUGCUGAAAAGCACGACUCUUUCUUGACUUUGAAGAGUUCAUUUGAAAAGGGUUUCGAGGAGGUCGAAUGCCUUGACUCUUUGUCCGGUUCUCAACUUCUUCAAUCAGAGCCUGAUGCGUCAUCUUUCCCCUCUGGUGGCAUGCGUUCUACCUUCGAGGCUCGUGGAUAUACCAUUUGGGAUACAAAGAGCCCCAUGUUUCUUCAAGAAGGCCCUCAUGGAACCUCCAUUUUGUAUGUUCCUUCGGUUUUCAUUUCAUACAAUGGUCAAGCCUUGGAUGAGAAGACUGUCUUGUUGCGUUCUUCUGAAGUUUUGGCCAAGAACGCUUUGGAUGUUCUCGAUUUGAUUUUCGACCCCGAGAAUGAUGUUCAUGUCAACCAAGUUCACACUUCUCUCGGUACUGAGCAAGAGUACUUCUUGAUUGAUCGUGCUCUCUAUACUCUUCGUCCUGAUCUUAAGAUCACCGGCCGUACCUUGAUUGGUGGUUUGCCACCCCGCCACCAACAGCUUGAGGACCAUUACUUCGGUAAGAUCCCCUCGCGUGUUCUCGCCGCUAUGAGCGAGUGCGAAUAUGAAUUGUACAAGCUUGGUGUUCCGUGCAAGACCCGUCACAAUGAAGUUGCUCCUGCUCAAUUCGAGUUGGCUCCUAUCUAUGAAGAGGCUAUGAUUGCUGUCGAUCACAACUUGUUGACCAUGGAUGUGUUGCACCGUGUUGCCCAUCGUCACAAGCUUAAGGUUCUCUUCCACGAGAAGCCUUUCAAGGGUGUCAACGGUUCCGGAAAGCACUGCAACUGGUCCUUGACCACUGACAAUGGCAUCAACUUGCUUGAACCCACUGCCAAGCCCGAGGAAAACUACCGUUUCCUUCUUUUCCUUUUGGCCACUUUGAAGGCUCUUGAGGAUCACGGUGAUUUGUUGCGAGCUGGUAUCGCUUCUGCUUCCAACGACCAUCGUCUUGGUGCUCAUGAAGCUCCCCCUGGUAUCAUCUCUGCUUUCCUUGGUGACCAUUUGACUGAGGUGUUGAACGCCAUCGAAGAGGACCGUCCUCUCAAGACUUUCGGUGCCCCUGAAAUGCAAUCUGUCCGUGUUGGUGGUACGGUUCUCGAUCUCAAGGUCGCUACUCUCCCCAACAUUGCUCGUGAUUUGACCGAUCGUAACCGUACCUCUCCAUUUGCUUUCACUGGCAACAAGUUCGAGUUCCGUGCUGUCGGAUCUAAGCAAUCCGUUUCUUUCCCCGUUACUCUCCUCAACUCCGCUGUUGCCUCUAGUCUGCAAGAGGUGGCCGAGGCCCUUCGCAAGCAAAAGGGUGAUAAGCAAUAUGCCACCAAGGAAGAUCAACUUGCUGUCAUCAAGCAAUUCAUCAAGAUUACCAAGAACGUUCGAUUCGAAGGCGAUAACUACUCCGAUGCUUGGGUUAAGGAGGCUGAAAAGCGUGGUCUUCCUAACAUUGUCAACUCUUACGAUGCCUUCACCCGUCUUCGUGAGCCUCGCAAUGCUGAGAUGUUGUCCCGUGUUGGUGUUUUCACUAACGAGGAACUUGAGUCUCGUUACCACAUUCUUAUGGAGAAGUAUGCCAAGGAUGUUCGCAUUGAAGCUCAAACUUUGCUCACCAUGGUCGUCCAAUUGAUCAUGCCCGCUACUUUCUCUUACCGCAAGGAUCUUGCUCAAUCUGCUUCUCUUCUCAAGGACGUCGAAGCUGGUUGCGAGCCUGAACUCAAGGUUCUCAAGGAACUUACCCCUAUUCUCAUCGACCUGCAGAAGGCCGUUGCUACCCUUGAGACUGAAAUUGCCGCCACCGACGAUAUCACUGAUGACAUCGGCGCUCUUUGCAAGAAGUCCCAAGCCACCUUGUUGCCUGCCAUGGAAGCUGUCCGAUCAUAUGCAGAUCAAUUGGAAGGCAUUGUUGGCGACAAGUACUGGCCUUUGCCCAAGUACACCGAACUCUUCCUUAACAUUUAGACGUAUCUGUGUAAACCCAUUACACCUCCUCCAAAAAAAAAAACCACAUGUCUUCUGAAUAAUUUGAUUUUUAUUUUCUUCGUUUCACACUUCUUUGCCAAAGAGAUCAAUUCCUCCAAAUAAUAUUACCUUUUGUUUUUAAAAGAAUCCACAUACAA